CCGAACCCAGAACAGUAUCAGACCCUGUCCUAGUGUCUGUGCCUGUGGUAACUACUACAAGUUGGUGGCUAACAGGAAUGUAUUCUCUCAUAGUCCCGAAGGCUUCAGAAGCCUGAAGUCAAGACGUCAGCAGAUCCCACUCCUUUCCCUGUCUCUAGGGGAGAACCCCUUCCUUGCCUUUCCAGUUUCUGGUGGCUGUCCAUGUUCCUUGACAUCUGGGUCCUUGCCUCUGCUCCGUCUUCACAUCACCUUCUCUGUGAAAGCUCCCUCUGUCUCACUCUUACAAGGUUACACGUGAUCGCAUGCAAGACCCAAGGGGCUGUACUAGGAGAUGCUCCUUAACUUAAUCAAGACCCAUGACUUAAGCACACCUUUUGCCAUUUAGAGUAACAUUCAGAGGUUCCAGAAAUUUUACAUGGUUACCCUGGGGUGGAGGUGUGGACUAAUUUUUAGUUGGCCACAGACUCCAGAGCUGUCAAAGUCCCCCAUUCUGCGCCCCAUCCCCACGGCCACCCCCCCCCAACCCCCAUCCCCACACUAACGCGGAAGAAAUCCUUGAGCUGCCAUCACCUACGUAACCUACGGGUCCAAGUGUCUCCUUCGCCAGCCAGAUCCAGUUACUUGAAAUUCCCAGGGACCUGAAUUCACAAACUCCUUUGGAUUCAAACAUCGAGACAUCAUCAACAGAACAAGAUAUCUGGGAAGGAAAUUCAAAGUCCUGUCUCCAAGCUUGUAUAUCCUGAUUUUUGGUUUGAAAGACUGCCAUAGUGAAGAAGAUAUCUCACAACAUGUGCAACUGAAAUGAAAGAGGCUGAAUCAAUUGGUACCAGGAGAGCCAAGAAGCCACACACGCAUCUCUGCCUCUUUGCUCUGGCUCUCCCACCCUCUCCCGUCUUUCUCCGCUUCCCUGUCACUGUUACUCCGGGAGACGUUCACUUCCCACCAACCUUCUCCAAGCGUCUCCAAGCCAGACUAUAUAUAUUUUGCUGUAAGAGACCUAGAAGAGGAAAAAAAAAAAGCACGAGACUUUUCAGCACCUCACUUAAAAAAAAAAAAAAUUCAACAACGAAUUUCCUGAAAUGUCUGUGAACAAUUAAAAGGAAACGGCGUUUUUGGUCUAUCAACUAAGUGAACAGUCAUUUAUAUCGUCCACAUCCUGAGAUACUAUCGUCCCUCGCUGUGGACACCAGCGAGAUGACAGCUGCUUUUUCAUAUUCGAAUGUAAUAAAUAUUUGCUGCUUUUAAUAUAUUUCGGAAUUCCUCCCCUGUAUUCUUUGGAAUCUGUAACUCUAAAAGAUUGGAGAAAAGAUUCUCGAAAAGGCUUUUACAAGCCUCCAAAAUGAUGCUGAGUCCGGACCAAGCGGCCGACUCGGACCACCCCAGCUCGGCGCACUCGGACCCGGAGUCGCUGGGCGGCGCGGACGCCAAGGUGCUGGGCAGCGUGUCGGACCUGGAGCCGGUGGAGGAGGCCGAGGGCGACGGCAAGGGCGGCGGCCGGGCCGCGCUCUACCCGCACCCGCAGCAGCUGAGCCGCGAGGAGAAGCGCCGCCGCCGGCGCGCCACCGCCAAGUACCGCUCGGCCCACGCCACCCGCGAGCGGAUCCGCGUGGAAGCCUUCAACCUGGCCUUCGCCGAGCUCCGCAAGCUGCUGCCCACGCUGCCCCCGGACAAGAAGCUCUCCAAGAUCGAGAUCCUGCGCCUGGCCAUCUGCUACAUCUCCUAUCUCAACCACGUCCUGGACGUGUAGGGCGCGGG